GACGGCAGGUCGGCAGGUCGGCUUGCUAGGUGGUCUGCUCUGUUCUGGUUUGGAGGGAUAAUCGUUGUAUGAGCUCGGAAAUCACUUUUAGUUUAUUGUGAGUCGUCGGUGGUGCUUACAGAUACUACAUCAACUUUUUGCUCUCCUACAAAUUGAGCACCACCACCAUCUUCUUUUUUGUUUUCCAUGAAGCGGCGCGAGUAGAACUAUCGCCGAUCGCCGCCUUACACCCAUCAAAUUUUGCGAUUGCUGUUGUUGCAGUUGUUUGAGUUGGCAUUUGAGUCGGAUUUGAUUUGAACAGCAUCGGUGGCUAAUCGUCAGCCGCUAUCUGAUCAGUUGCAUAUUUAGCUUUUAACCAAACGAACGAGUUAAGAUUUAUAUCAGAUAGCGAGCCGAUAACAAUUCGAUACUGAUUGUGGUGUGCCAACGAGGAAUAUCCUUUUUAUGGAAAACUUCCGGUGUUAAUGUUCGACGUACCAACAAAAUAAUACUAGCCUCACACACACCCACACAGACGCGAUAACAAAAAUAAUGUAAAAUGUAUCUACGUAUAAAUAUUUUAAAUUUUAAUAUGGAAAUUUAUGCGAAAUGAAGAAGUGAAAAACACCACACACCUUUAAACGCCACCAAAACUGGAAUUACGAAUAAACAGAAACCCCCCUAAAUAUAAAAAUAAAACACACACACACACACGUCACGAAGAAAGGAGAAGCAGCGAGAGACAAGGUGUAUGGAUAUUCGAGAGUGAUAGCUUAAAUGUUUUGCGUAUAUCCAGUGUGCGUGAGUGGCUUUGUGUAUGGCUCUAUUGUAUAUGCGAAUUUCAUAAAUUAGUGUCGUUUUUUAAAAUCCGAAACACAAAAUAAACGAAAAGUCAACAAAAUAACGGAAAAAAGAAAAAAAAGUGAAUUACAAAAAUUAGAAGAAUUGAAAAAAACGUGUCAAAACAGUAACUGCAAAAACUGUGCCAUUCCAGUUUCACUUCACUUCCCCAUGUCUCUUUGCGCUGGUGAUUUGAAUUUUGUUGUUGUGAUGUUUGUUUUUUGCUCCCUUGCCAUAUUUAACGAAAACGACAAUAACCUUUAAUGAUGAAUGUCUGUUUUUAAUCUCAACGAAGAAACAACGAGUGCGUAUGUUCUUACAAAAACAAAAACAAAACAAAAGUGUAUUAAGUAAACUAAGUACGUCAUCUAUACGUUAAUAUUUGCAUUUCAUUAAACAACAAUUCUCGGCUGCCCGACAUGAUCCAUCUGUCCUUUUCUUUAAUUCCCUCUCAUUCAUGGCUGGAAAAUAAGUGGCGCCAAAAAAGAUAAACCAACGACAUCGACUGCCAGCACGGAACAAACACAUUGACAACUUGUGAUGUACACAGAAGCGAUAGACAGACAAACACUGAUGGCUGUAGAAGUAUCAUGCAUUUAAACGCCGCAAUUGACAAAAUAUGCCAAUAUUGGAAAAUUUCCUAAAAAUUAAGUCGCUUCUAUACAAAAGAACACUGGAACACCAUAAAUUGGAAAAAUACCAAAGAUUUACAAAGACAUCAUAAAAAAGAACAAACAAGCGGUGACGAAAGCAAAAUACAAUUUUGAGGAAAUAAUUAUAGAAUUACUACACAGGCAGUGACAACAAUUAUAGCAACACAAUACAUAUAGCCUCUUGGAAUUUGAAUAAACGCCCAACCAAUUUACAGCACAGAAUUUAACUGCAUCACCAAGAGGAUUUCAGAGUGAUAAUUAGUACCUGUACCUGACUUAUAAUUGUCACAUAUUUAUGGUUGUUUUUAUUUUGGAGUGCACACGUGUUAUGAGAACAGAGCUGAAGUGGAAUCCUAGUCAUAUAUCCUCUGAUUAUUGAGAAACGCAGGUACCCCAACUAAGAGGCAAAACCAUCAAACAUAUCGUUAACCAAGGAAACCAUUUACAAACCUAAUUUGAGCUUCUUUUUAUUGAAAAUUCUGCCAAAAAUGAAAAUGUUUCCCUAUGAUGCAGGAUUGAGAUGAUAUUCGAUCUUAACGUUUAACACACAUAACACCCCAGUGAAGAAGGAGCAGAGCAAGUGUAGUAUUUCCCAUUACAGGUAUUAAGUUGUCAUAGGGCCAUAGCGGCCUUAUUGUGAGUCAAACACUUUAGAAAAUCAUAUAAGCCAAAGUCUUAUUCCAUUACGAAGGAGGCCACAUUACGACAUCAAUAUGAUGCUAACAAAUGAUAGAGAUCACAAAGGUUUGUGCGAUACAGAGCCUUGCCUAUCCAGCUUUCAGAAGCCUCAAAUAUUGCCAACACCAGCUGCGCCUGCGCCACCUGCUUCCACGUCCAAUGCAACGCGCGCUAAGAAAAAACCGCGAAACUCCCACGAUCUGCUGCUCGAAAUACUAGAUGUCUUGUUGUCGUGUUUGGUUGUGGCGCCCUGUGUCAUAGCCUAUUGGCGUGGCACCUGGGAACUGAUCGGUGUGUUACUCUUUCCCCAGAAUGUACCACUCUCGGCGCUGUGUUCUUUCCUUAUUGGAGGCAUUGGUCAUCUAGUGUUCACACUCACACAGAGAUUUUUCAUCGAUAACAUACAUCCGGACAAACAUCGUCUAACAUACUAUGUACUAUCGCGAUGUUACACCUUUGUUUUUGGCAUAGUCUGCGUCAAUAUGUGGCGGGGAGCUUGGGUAUUGUGUGAUUGGUUGACAAGCUCAACUUCCUUGAUUAUUAUCUGUGUAGUAACUUCGGUGGCCAUUUUGUUUCUUAUAGCGACACGAACCCUGCGGAAUCUUGGCGCUGCCCCCUACUCUGUGAUAAUGGAUCACAAGAGCGAUUAUUUUGAUGUGGAGACAAUGUUUAAAAUACCGGGAUUUCAUCAACCCGGUUUAUAUUUAAUGGACACGCUAUUUUCAAUAUUUGUUAUUGGUACCCUGGUGGUAAUAGCGUGGAGAGGUUUAUGGGGCAUUAUGGAUCUUACAAUGUAUCCAGGUGAAAAAGCCAAAUCGGCAUGGGCGUCAUUGAUUAUGGGCUACACCACAGUGGCCUUGACAUUUGUUCUACAUCCCAUAGUACGCUGGAUAAGUAAACGUAUCAAUGGUUUUUUCAAAUUAGUAUUCUGUGACAUUUACUAUUUUGCCGAAUUCUUUGGUGCGGUCAAUGCAUGGCGUGGUAUAUGGAAUCUAUUGGAUGUCUAUGUAUAUCCAGAUAACUUAAUUUUAAGCUACUGGUUGACACAUGUUAUACCCUUCCUUGUAUUGGCCGCCUUGAAAUGCUCCAACUCGAUAUUAGUGCGAGGUGUUUUUAUAGAUGCUGAUGGUGUAGGCGGAGAAUGUGUUGACAUUCCUAUUCACUAUGUGCGUCUACAUUUCGAGCGUGAACGCAACAAAAGGAAGACAAUGCCUUACAAUCAUAAGCCCCCUAAUUUGGUAGGAAAAUCCCCAAAUGAUAGCAAUGCCCAAAGAGUUCUAAUUGAGAAACCGUCAAAAGAGGAGAUCAAAGUUCAGCCCACCACGGAUGCUACGCAAUUGGUUUAAUAAUUCUAUACUGUACUGACAUCCUACACACACACACACACACACACAAUCUCGUCAAAUCACCCCAAACCCCAAAUCCUGACCAAAAAACCAUACCCAAAGUUAGUGAAGGCAAUUUUUUAGAAAAAAGACAACGAAAUAAUUCCUCCCCCAUAACAUUCCCCUAUAUUGUAAUAGGCCUUAUAUCAAAAUUAAUUUAUAAGUAAAAUAUUUAAAAAAAAAUACUUAAAAGUUUUUUUGUAAUUGUUGUUAGAAUGUUUUAAAUAAGUUAUAUAAUAUUUUGUUAAAUUUUAGUCUAUAAAAAUGUAAACUUGUACAAAUCCUACAUAUCUAAGUAGCACAAGGUUAUACAAUUAUAAGAAACGAUCAAAAUCUUACACCGGUAUUCUCAAAACCUAAUGCAGCUUUAAAGAAGAUUUAUUUGACAAUUCUUUAAAGGAAAUGUGUACCUUGAAGCUGCAUUAAGUUUUGUGAAUAUGGGCCUUAAUAUUUAAAGGUAAAACAGGCACUCAUACAUUCCAUUUUUAGAGCCCUCUUGCAGAAAAAAGGGUUGCUUUGUUGCAUUUCGUCUUUUGUGAUUGAACAUUGAUAGCAAUCCAAUUCCAUACUUCUGCAAUGCAAUUGCCAAAAAUCCGGUAGUUAAAACAUUUCACAGAAGUUCAAAUUAAGCCAAAAUUUUAAUAUACACAUGUAGUCUAAAUUAGAUAAUUAGAAAAUGAUUGUUUGCCGUUUUUUUGUUUAUAUAUGACUAUGGCAACUCUAUGUAAAUAUUGACAAUAAAUCAAAGACACAACAGAA